AUGAUUGCUUCUUCGGUGGGUAGAGAUGAUCAUCAUUCGGACAUGGCCGAGCAAUCACAACAGCAACUACCAUCCAUGAAUGAACAAAGUGGAGAAAAUCAAACAACAUCUUCAUUCAAGAAAAAAGCUGUUGAGCGAGGUUGGCUCUCGCCCGAUAACACAAAUGGGAUGGAUGCUUUGGCACGUGUUGAAUUUCUGAAUCAAAUUCCAGGAGAAAAACAAGUUAAAUUUGUUCCUUGCAUAAAAGGAGUGUUGUCAAAUGCUGUUCACAAGAUGGCCAUUCAAAUGACACAACAACAAGAAGAAAUUUUGACAGAAUCAAUGAAAGAGCUCUCUGCUGCAAGUUUAAUUCAACAGUCAGGGUCGAAGGCGCUCUUAAUGUCAAGUCAUCAUCAUGGCACUCAUGAACAAGAUAACAAGAGUGGAGGAUCUAUUUUUACAAGUUUAAGUAAUUCAUCAGAUUUCGAUCCCAACAUGAUAGGAUUUGAAGCAUUGAAAAACAAGUUGACACGAGGCAGUAGUAUUAUCACAAAAGAUGUACAUGAUUUGUUUUUGAAAAGGAUUCCCCCAUGGAUGUUUGUUCCACCUCAUUACCAUUGGAAAAUUCGGUUACAUGGAGACAGAGGUACAGGAAAAACAACAGUACAACGAAGUUUAUGUCGAAUGAACACAAAUAUUGAUCAACACAGAAAUUACCACAGUGACACUAUGGGCACUGUUUCAACCACUACUCUUAUUCCAAUUAAAUGCAUUGAUUCCGUGAAAUGGGUAGAAUUGGAAAUUGUUGAUGUAGGCGAUAUGAGUGCCACCACCAAUCCAUUCUAUAAUUCAUAUCAAGUCAAUGAAUACCACGCACAUCUUGUAUUAUUUUCCAUGGGCCAUUAUCAAAGCUUUCGUAAUACCAAGAACAAACUGAAACUUCUCAAAAAACAAACGAAUAAUAUUAUUGUAGUUGCAACAAAAGCAGAUGCAUUCCAAAACUUUCAAGUUACAGAUAAUGAUAUUGCCGAGUUAGAGAAAGAAUUUCAAUUACCUCCUGUUCGUCUCAUUAAUAGUCACGCACAAUUUGGAUCGUCGAACAGCACCUAUAUUCUUGUGGAGGAUUUAGCAGACAUGCUCAUUGCUUAA